CUGCCGGGGCCGCGUCCCUGGCGUGCGAGCAUGCUGCGGCGGGGGGAGGGCGUCCUCGGCCGGGCCGGGGGAGGUUCGGGCUGAACUUAGGGACGGGAAGAAAGGAAGAGAGAGCGCUGCCGGAAGCGGCGGAGCGGCGGCUCGGGGAGCCCCGCGGGCAGCAUGUAGCUGGGUGACGGCAGGCAGACCGCCGCCGCCUGUCCCGCCAGGCCGGGAGCCCCUUCUCAGUGCUCGGCUCCUCCGUCUCUCGUCGCGGCUCUCCGUCGGCCGCCCGUCGCUGUCAUGGGGCUGCCCACGCUGGAGUUCAGCGACUCGUACUUGGACAGCCCGGAUUUCAGGGAGCGCCUGAAGUGUCACGAGAUCGAGCUGGAGAGGACCAACAAGUUCAUCAAGGAGCUGAUCAAGGACGGCAGCCUCCUCAUCGGGGCCCUGCGGAAUUUAUCCAUGGCAGUGCAAAAAUUUUCACAAUCCUUGCAAGAUUUCCAGUUUGAGUGUAUUGGAGAUGCUGAAACUGAUGAUGAAAUUAAUAUUGCUCAGUCACUGAAAGAGUUUGCGCGGCUCCUCAUUGCUGUAGAAGAGGAAAGGAGACGACUGAUCCAGAAUGCGAAUGAUGUGCUCAUAGCACCACUGGAGAAGUUCCGUAAAGAACAAAUAGGAGCAGCAAAAGAUGGGAAGAAAAAGUUUGACAAGGAAAGUGAGAAAUAUUACUCCAUCCUAGAGAAGCACUUAAAUUUAUCAGCAAAGAAGAAGGAAUCUCAUUUGCAAGAUGCAGAUACGCAGAUUGACAGAGAGCAUCAAAACUUUUAUGAAGCAUCAUUGGAAUAUGUUUUUAAAAUUCAAGAAGUACAAGAGAAAAAGAAAUUUGAAUUUGUUGAACCUCUUUUGGCCUUUCUUCAAGGAUUAUUUACAUUUUACCAUGAAGGAUAUGAACUGGCUCAGGAGUUUGCACCAUACAAGCAGCAGCUUCAAUUCAAUUUGCAGAAUACCCGGAAUAACUUUGAGAGCACAAGGCAGGAAGUGGAGAGACUCAUGCAAAGAAUGAAGUCAGCCAACCAAGAUUACAGACCACCAAGUCAAUGGACAAUGGAAGGCUAUCUGUAUGUGCAGGAAAAAAGACCACUUGGAUUUACAUGGAUAAAACAUUACUGCACUUACGAUAAAGGAACAAAAACAUUUACAAUGAGUAUAGCCGAAACUAAAUCUGGUGGAAAAGUGAAUGGCCUUGUCACAAGCUCACCAGAAAUAUUCAAGCUGAAAUCUUGUAUCAGGAGAAAGACAGACUCAAUUGACAAACGCUUCUGUUUUGAUAUCGAAGUAUUUGAGAGACCUGGAAUCAUCACGCUACAGGCUUUUUCAGAAUCCAACAGAAAACUGUGGCUCGAAGCUAUGGAUGGAAAGGAACCAAUCUACACACUGCCAGCCAUUAUUAGCAAGAAGGAAGAAAUGUUCUUAAAUGAAGCAGGUUUCAACUUCGUGAGGAAAUGUAUCCAUGCUGUAGAAACAAGAGGCAUUACCAUCCUGGGGCUGUACAGAAUAGGUGGUGUAAACUCCAAAGUGCAGAAGCUGAUGAAUACCAUAUUUUCCCCUAAAUCUCCUCCUGAUAUGGAUAUUGAUAUGGAAAUCUGGGACAAUAAAACAAUAACUAGCGGACUUAAAAACUACCUCAGGUGUCUUUCAGAACCGCUGAUGACAUUUAAGCUGCACAAAGAUUUCAUUGUUGCUGUUAAAUCAGAUGAUCAGAACUACAGAGUUGAAGCAGUGCAUGCACUUGUACAUAAAUUACCGGAGAAGAACAGAGAGAUGCUGGACAUCCUUAUCAAGCACUUGGUCAAGGUAUCAUUACACAGUCAGCAAAACCUUAUGACAGUAUCCAACCUUGGUGUUAUCUUUGGACCAACUCUGAUGAGAGCCCAAGAAGAAACUGUGGCUGCUAUGAUGAACAUUAAGUUUCAGAAUAUCGUCGUGGAAAUUCUUAUAGAACAUUAUGAAAAGAUAUUUCACACUGCACCAGACCCCAAUAUUCCUCUUCCCCAACCUCAGUCCCGUUCAAGUUCAAGAAGGACAAGAGCAAUUUGUCUUUCCACAGGUCCUCGUAAGCCCAAAGGAAGAUACACACCGUGUCUAGCAGAUCCUGACAGUGACUCAUACAGCAGUAGCCCGGAUAGCACACCCAUGGGCAGCAUCGAAUCUCUCUCCUCUCACUCCUCUGAGCAGAACAGCACCACCAAAUGUGUGCCCUCUCAGCCCAGGGAGAAGUCAGGAGGGAUUCCAUGGAUUGCCUCUCCCCCUUCUUCAAAUGGCCAGAAGAGUUCAGGCCUCUGGACCACGAGCCCAGAAUCCUCAUCAAAGGAGGAUGCAACAAAAACAGACAUGGAGUCAGACUGCCAAAGUAUAGCUUCUGUCACUGGACCAGAGAAUGCCUCUCCACCAGUAGAUCUGACCAAGAAGAGUUCCUAUAGUCUGUCUGGCCUGAAAAGAUCUUCAGGUUCUUCCCUCAGAUCAAUUCCAUCAGCUGAAGGUAACAAAAGUUGCAGUGGAUCUGUACAGAGCUUGUCUUCAACAGAUACAAAAGAUACACCAAAGGCUCCACUAAAUCCUGAUUUGCCUCCCAAAAUGUGCAGAAGAUUAAGACUAGAUACUGCAUCAAGUAAUGGCUACCAAAGACCAGGAUCUGUAGUGGCUGCAAGAGCCCAGUUGUUUGAAAGUGCUGGUUCACUUAAACAAGUUUCUUCAGGACGACAAGCAAAAGCCAUGUAUUCCUGCAAGGCUGAGCACAGUCAUGAGCUGUCUUUCCCACAGGGAGCAAUAUUUUCCAAUGUGUAUCCAUCAGUGGAACCAGGCUGGUUAAAAGCAACUUAUGAAGGCAAAACAGGACUCGUUCCCGAAAAUUAUGUCGUCUUCCUCUAGUAAUCUUUAGUGGACAGCAAUAUCUUCAUGGUAUCCAUGGUAACAAAUAAUAAGCGCUCUGAUUUUUUAUCUGACACAGAUAUGGGAUCAGCUCGUUAGCUGAGAGUGGUAGAUUUCCUUCAGAUACUGCAGCUGCAGGUUACAUGGCUCCCUAUCAGCGGAACAGAAUGUAAUGAAACAGUUAACAGUUACUGUACUGAGGACGGUACUCUGUUUAAAUAACUUCCAUUGUUUGCAAAAGGUUGUUCUGUUCUUCUUUUAUGGGUAAGGAACACUAGAGCAAUAAAACCAGAAGAGUUGCCAUUUAGCUGCAGACCUUCAGGUCCUAGGAUGUUGCUCACAGAAGUGUGAAGUUUAGAGGGAAUGCACUCUAUGACAUUUCUUGGAAUCAAUAUUUUUAAUAUGAAAAUGUUCAUAAUAUAAGUGAUGCAUUGUGAUCUGAAUGCUUCCUUACGAAAUUUGAUUCUGAGGUUAGUCCUAAUCAUUUCAAAUAAGAAACGAUUCUUCCAUAAAUCAGAAGUUUGAAUUUCUGUUAGUCAUUGAGAUCACAGUAUGUUAUAGAAUAAAUGUAACUGGUAGUGAAAUCAGAUUACUGCCUGAGCAGUAAAUGCUUGUUCAAAAUGUGAUGUUUAAUGAAUGUUUCAUUCAAUUACUUGUUAGAUUUAUUUCCUCCUUUCAGUGUGAAUAUAAAUAACAAUAACUUGUAUUUCCGUGUUACCAGCCAGGUGGGAGAUAAUCUCAGUAUAUCUCAGAGCAGCAGUUGUAGGAAACAAGGAGAUACUGAAUCUGGAAUGAUUGGUAGAUACCAAAUGAGCGAUGGAAAAGUGCGAUAGGUUUCUAAACGAGACAUAAAAUGUAACUGAGUCCUUUUCAAGUUUUUCCAUUGUGAAUAAGACAAUACCCUGUGAAGUAGGAAAUUUUAUAAGCUCUGGGUGCCAAAAGCUCCAUAUAGCAAUAAAAGUAUACAGUGUAUUUGGCAAAUGUUUCCCCCAUUCCACAGAAUAAAAAUAACUAGCUAAUACUGUUUUUGUAAAUGCCUAUCGUUUGUACUGGAGGGACUGGAAAAAAAAAAAUAAGGAAGACAGCCCCAAACCAGAAAAUAUAAGCAGCUUUCUAAACCGGAGCAUCUUUCUUGCACACCUCGAUAGGAAAACAUGCAGUGCUUAGUUGUCUUGUUGCUGAGCUCUACUGAGAAAAAAGAGACUUAGGCACUGCAUGAACAAUUUUUCAGUGUUGGUACAGAAAGAAUUCACUGUUUCAUAGUUACCCAGCCUUCGUUCUUUGUGCAGUAAGAGUAAGCAACAUAUAAACCUUCUAUUAAUUUCUAAGGUGUACACUGCUUCCAGAAAGUUUAAGAACUGUUAGAACUAAAAGCAGCAGUAAUCUACUAAUAGCUUCUUUUUCUUCCAUAGACUUUUUUCUAGUUUAAAUUAGAAAAUAGAUUUUUCUGCCAACAUAAAGAAGCGCACAUACAUAGAGCAUGACUUUUGCAGAGCAAUUCCUUGUUGGAAUUCAGGCUGAUGGCAGAAGCCUGCAGGACCCUUCUGCUGUUGAAAGUAUUAGUGGUGUAACAGAAAGGGGAGAGCUUAGAGGAGCAUCCUUCUGCUGUUUCUGAUGGGGAGCCUGUGACAUUAAUCCAGGCUAGGGUGAGUAAAGCUGACUGCAGGCAGUUUGAGGACAAGCUGCUUGAAUUAGUGACACACUGACCUGGGUCCUUUCUUCACUCUAAGGAGAUUCAAAGGCGAGGGUCAGAUUGGGUAUCAGGAAGAGGUUCUGCACCAGAGGGUGGUGGGCAUGGAACAGGCUGCCCAGGGCUGUGGGCACUGCCCCCAGCUGCUGGAGUUCAAAGAGCAUUUAGACAGCGUUCUCAGACAUACAGUCUGAUUUUUGGGUGGUCCUGUGCAGAGCCACGAGUUGGACUCAGUGAUCCUUGGGGUCCCUUACAUCUCAGGAGACUCUAUGAUUUUAUGAUUAGGUCCCAAAGCUGUGCUCAGUACAUGCUGAUGAAAUGUUCAUCACAGGCAGUGGAAGCAAAGAUGUGGGCUCAUUGCAUUUACCCAGAGCAGAUGUGAAAGAAAGUGUAGAAUGAUUCUGUGACUAUGAUUCCGACUUUUCUCAUCAGACUGAGCCUUUGUUGAUUUUAAAGCAAGCCAGCAUUUCUUUUUCUAAUGUACUCCUGCAGCUUUCUCUGCCCUGAGAAGAUCAAAAUGGGUUUGGUUGUGUCUUUGCUUUAUUUCACAAUCUGAAAAUUGCAAGGUGUCAGAAAGCUCACCACUGGGGAUGUGCCCAGGAGCAGUGCUGCUGUGGGAAAAGGAGCAGGGAGGGAAACAGCUGCAAGCAGAGACACGAGGCCUUGCAUGUGUAUCACCUGUGUGGAGAAAUGUGGGUCUGUCAGUUGGAGCAGGCGGACUGGCCUCUGUUGAACAUCAUGGAGGAAUUUAAUUGUGAAAUUCUUGAGAAACAGUGGAAUAGGAAAUUCUUGCUCUUAUUUGUUUUGCCGCAGUCUGUGUAUUUGUUUGGAUGUUCUCAGUAGUAGGUUCUGUAGCCAGCUGAUCUGAGUGCAAGCUAGAGGACUCAAAGAUGCUAAGUUCAUAUAAAGCUAAAAUAAAAAUGCAAAGUUCAGUUAUGGAGCCUGUAAGCAUUGAGGGAAAGGUUGUGGAAGUACUGGGAGGAAUCACUGUAGAGGAGGGAUGGUCCGUUCCCAUACACUCAUCCCAUGUUAGACACAAAAUUCAACUGCAAAGAUAGUUUCAUCAGAAGGUGGAUUUCAUUAAUUCAGUUGCGCACCGAACAAAUCUGUCUUCUCCUCUUUAAGGCUGGGCACUUUUUCAGGCCCUUCUGAUGAUCACAUAAAUAAUUUGAAAAUAGCUUAGAUUUAAAGUGGCAAUUCCAUCUGAAAGUGUUACAUCGUUUUUUAAUUACAGUUAACAGUGCUGGAUAUGAGGGUUCUGUUUCUUUCUUCACGGUACGUAACAAGCAUUUUCUGUAUUACCAUGCUGUGAGUUGUGGAUGCCUCAGCUCUUCUCUGACUUUCCAAGAGGGAGUUUUUCUCCACAAGAUCUGGAAAGUUAAAUAACGGUGUUCACAAACUGGAAUGAAAGAGAGCAGCACUGUGGUCAUCUCAUGAUCCCUGGCCAUAUAUCCCUUCUCAUAACUGUAGAGCAGCAGAAAUCCAUGUAACAUUUAAAUGAAGAUACAAUACUCAGAUAGUGCCUUACCAGAAAAUUAGGUAAGCUGAACUAAAUUAGUUCAUUGUAUUGAUUUACUGUUGUGUUUUGUGUUUUUUUUAAUUAAAGUCAGAUUCACUCCACGAGCAAUGUCUACUUUUUAAAUUUUCUUUCCAUUCUACUUUAUAAGAGGAUGUGGAGUUUUCUCUGAAUAUCACUGUAGGACUGCAGGUAGAUAAUACAUGAUGGCUGUUUGUUGUGAAAAUGUCUGUACCCAGAUCUUAUGUCAUUAGCCCUGUUUAUUCUAUGUUAAACUUUUGGUACAUGUUGCAGUACAGCAUGAACCAAAAUAGUGUGAAGGACUGAUGUAUUGUAUGAUAAAUAAGUAAAGUAUAUUAAUAUUUUAUAUUCACACUUCUUAUUAAUGAUGAUAAAGAUGAAAAAAUAUUUUUGAUGUAAUUUCUGUGAGUUCAGUGUUAUAAUGUUUUUGCCAUACUUUGGCAUUUAGAGUUCUAUGUAACAAAACUCUUAAAUUAAACCGUAGCUGUCUUAAGUCCCCACCUGAUCUAUAAAGUUCGUUUGUUUUAUUAUCUCUGGAAAAAAUGACACACAGGUUUGCUGACCAGUGCUACUCUGUGAUAGGAAUAGUAACUUAUUUUCCUCUUAUAUAUAUUUUUGUGUAUAAACUGUUAUUCACCUGCAAUUGGGUUUGUUUUAAUGUACCUUUAGAAAAGAUUCAUUAGGAAGAGAAGCUGCAAAAUUCAGCAGUUCAGAACAGUAGUUAAAACAAGAAGAAAAGCAUUAUGUGGCAGCAAUUGGAUUUUUGCGACCUUCUUUCACUUGUCUGUUUUCUACUUAAUAAGACAGGAACCAAAUAAAUGUUGAAGCCCAAAAGUCCAUUGUUCUUCAUGCUUCUUUUCCUAAGGUAACAGUUGGUACGGUUUGGGAUUGAGCAGGGAAAAAGGCAGUAAGGGAGCUUGGCCUCAGCUGGAGGGCUAUCUCAGCUGAUGGAAGCUCUCAGAGUUCUAGUGAGCUCAAAGGUAGACCUUGGGCAAUUUAUAGUGAGGUUUUGCUGGCCAGAAGCCCUCAUGAAAUAAAUUAGAAUAUUCUGCUAAUGGGAAAACAUGCUAUGGCUUGGCAUUAUCCUUUUGUUUUCAGCAGUGCCCUGUGUGAAUCAUUCAGUUACCAGAUGAAAAGCAAUAAGCAGCAUUCAGUCCUGCACUUCGUGGUCAUGCAGCCACUGGUGCUGCAGCCCUUCCAGUUUCUGUUCAUGCAAAAGUCAGACUGUUGAUCAGGCUGUGUCGGCACAGGUCCGGAGGUCUCUUUUUGCACAGGAUUUUGCACGGGCCUUGGGAGUUUGCUUUGUUUUGUUUUAAUAAGAUGCUUGGUAUCCAAACAGCUACUAAUACAAUGUUGUAAUUCAGUCACUGAAGAUAAUAGCAUUGUUUUCUUUGUCCUAUAUGUGGCAGUAUUUAAUAAGCCGCUGGAUAGCCUUAGUUAUUUUAAGUAUAGAGAAUGGUGCUUUAACCCCUGGAUGUCUCAGCUGAAAGCUGUUCUGCAACUGAGCUUUUCUGCAAGCGUUGUAUCAAGAGUUGUCAUUAAAGUUCUGUCACCAAAGGCUGCAAAAUGAUCUCAGCGCUACAAGAGUUUAUGUUAUAGCAAAAGGCAGAGCAGCUGGAGAGGGCAAACAGAUAGUUUCAAUUUUCCAAGCAUAUUUAUGACAAUUUUGGAGGUAUUAGAGUUUAUAGGGGUUACUUUAGAUACUAUAUGGUAUUUUAAUAGGAAAGUAUAUACAAUCAAUUACUAUAUAUAUAUAUAUUUAAUAAAGUCCUACUAAAUUAUCUUAUUGAACUCUUUGUUUAUUUUGUGGUGUGGUUUCAAUAAUUAUCUGCACUCUGUAUAUAUCUACGUGUAAAUAACUGGCAUGACAUGCAUAAGCUGACUUGCAGACAUAAUUCUAUAUUGUAGUUUAUAUUGUACUUUACACUGUAUUUCAAAAAUCUGAUAAAUGUUUUUAAAAAUAAAAGACCUUCCUACA